AUGUCUGCCCAACCAGCAUCGCCCACUGGCGCUGGCGACGACAAGAAUCACAUCUCCCACGUCGAGGCGUCCAAUGAUGAUGGCGUUUUCGAGAAGGGCGGCCAGGAAGAGCUCGACCAGUUCGGCUCGCACAAGAAAACAGAUCCCAGAGAGAUUGCGCUUGUGAAGAAGCUCGACCGCUUCAUGCUGCCCAUUCUUUGGCUCAUGUACUUCUUCAACUUCCUCGAUCGCAAUGCUAUGAUCAACGGACGACUGAAUGAUCUCGAAGAUGAUCUUGGUCUCGUCGGAACACAGUACAAUACCUGUGUCUCCAUCUUGUUUGUGGGUUAUCUGUGUGGUCAAAUUCCCUCCAACAUGAUCCUCAACCGUGUGCGCCCAUCUUGGUACAUGUCCGGUUUCUGCAUGGCGUGGUCCAUCACCAGUCUUCUUACCUACAAGGCUCACAACUACGAGACCAUGCUCGUCUGCCGCUUCCUCCUCGGCAUCACAGAGGCACCUUUCUACCCUGGCGCUCUCUACAUGAUCAGCAUGUUCUACACCCGCAAGGAAAUCGCCACUCGCAUGGCCAUCUUCUACACCGGCAACAUGCUGGCUAGUUCUUUCUCCGGACUCAUCGCUGCCGCCAUCUUCAACCUUGACGGCAAGCAGGGCCUCGCCGGCUGGCAAUGGGUCUUCAUCAUCCAGGGCGCUCUGUCGAUCCUCGUCGCCAUCCUUGCAUUCUUCACUCUGCCCGACAGCCCUCUCAAGACUCGUUGGUUGAACCAGGAGGAGCGCGAGCUCGCCCAUGCCCGCAUCUACACCGACCAGACCGGUCGUCGCGAGGCCACCAGCGUGUGGACUGGUCUCCGCGAGGCCGCCUCGGACUGGCGCGUCUGGGUCUUCUGUCUCAUGGACAACUUGCAUCUAUCGGCCAAUGGUUUCAAGAACUUCCUCCCUACCGUCAUUGAGACCCUGGGCUACAGCAAGACCGUCACCCUGGCCCUGACGUGCCCCCCCUACCUCCUUGCAGGCGGCAUGAGCGUCGCCGUGUCCUGGUCGUCCGGCCGUUACAACGAACGCACGUGGCACACCACCAUCAGCAAGCUACUCGCCAUCCUUGGCUUCGCCCUCUCUGUCGCCACCCUCAACGUCCCCGCACGCAUGGUGGGCAUCUUUAUCUUCUGUGGCUUCACUUACGGGGUAAAUAAUCUGAUUUUAGCGUGGACGGCCAGUGUUGUUGGCCAGACGGAUGAGAAGAAGGCCGUGGCAAUCGCCAUGUGCAACACUAUGGGUAACCUGGCCAGCGUGUACACUCCUUACCUCUGGCCGAGCAAGGACGAGCCCCGCUACCUGACGGCCAUGCUGGCAAGCAUUGGCUUCUCUUUUGGAGUUAUUAUCUGCGCGUGGGUUAUGCGGUUAUCACUCCAGCACCAAAACAAGAAGCUGAGGGAGCGGGACCCGGGCGCGAUCAACUUGUACGUGUACUGAGGAGUUGAUAGCUCUUUACGAUGCAGUUGA